AUGAAGAGUUACUCGGUGGCUGGGUUCAAUUGGGGCAAAUUAGAAGUCACACCAAAUUCAGUCGAUAUGCUCCACGACGACCAAUUAAUCUUCCAGACAGACCCAAAGAAAUUCACAAAAAGCUCAUUGUCAAAUAAGACCGAAGUCUCUGUUGAGUUUGACGACGCGGGGGAUGGCGACGUCCUCACAGAAAUCCGAUUCUUCGCACCACAGACAGAACAACAAAACGAGAAAGACAACGCAACUGAAUUGUACGACAAAGUCGCGGAAGUGACACCUUCAAACGCUUCUGGGAAGGAGGUCUGUUUGUUCGAAAACGUCGCGUUCUUAUCGCCAAAAGGACAUUACGACGUCAAAAUAUAUGAAGAUUCAGUUCGAGUACAAAACAACACUUUCGACUUCAAAAUCAAAUACACCGACAUUCAGUUAUAUUACAAAAUGCGUAAGGACAACGAGACGUCUUUCUUCGUGUUAAGUCUUUCCAACCCAUUUAAGAAGGGAAAGAGUGUCUAUGAAUGCCUUAUAAUGGAAUUGUCCACCACUGAAGAAAUAACUGCUGAGUUGAAUUUGACAAAGGACUUUGAGAAGAAGACUGGUCUUGAGGCGUCUAUGACAGACAACGAGCUGGACUUGUUUAUUGAAUUAUUCAAAAGUCUGCACCCAACGACCAUCACACCAUCUGGGAUGAAGUUUAAGACGGGUGACAGCCAUUAUAUCAAAUGCAAUAUGUCGACGAACGAAGGGUUUUUGUACCCGAUGACCGACUGCUUUAUUUUCUUAUACAAACGAAUUAAAAUAGCACCGUUCAAGGAGAUCAACAGCGUCGAUAUCUUACGAAUGAAUGCUGCGAAUGACAAUAAAACAUUUGACUUGUUACUCGACCUUAAAGGGAGGAAAGGAACGUUGCAAUUCAAUGGAAUGAGCCGAGAGGUGUACGACGACUUAGUUGAGUUUUUGAAGCAAAGUGGAUUAAAACUGGAAGAGACCGCAAAAGGAGCAACAAAGGAGAAUGCGAACGUCGAGGACAGUGGAGACAACGAUGAGGAAUACCACGCAGAAGAGGGAGAGUCGGGAGACGAUGACUUGAUGUCGGAGGAAAGCGGUGAUGACGAGUAA